AGAGCGGCUGCAUGGGGUGGGCGGAGCGGAAGAAUACACGGCUAAACACCCAACGUCACCAGAACCUCGAUUCAACAUCCAACACGGGACGAACAUGUGUAAACCCGCGCCAUUGAGCAGAGGCAGGUGGAUAUUCUUAUGAACCGUCUUGGAUGCCCAAGUGAAGAGAGCUUGGCCAUGGGAGGAUAGCCGUGCCGGCGGGUAAAUAGGGAGGGAGCUUGUCCGGUGGGAGGAUGAGGGGAGGAAGGGAACCGUGGGGCAACAGGAAUACCCCUCCAUUCAUAAGAACGGGACGGGUCAUAUGAAAUACAAUCCAUUGAACCAUUUAUUUUUCUUUUUCCUUCCAAAUCCAUCCAAUCAUCCAUAUACCGACGAAAAAUAUAUACCAUACACACGUGUUUUUAAAGUAAAAAAGAAAGAGAAAGGAACAAUAUGGCGGACAAAGACCCCAUCGUCACCCACAUCUUCACCGCAGACCCCUCGGCCCAUGUCUUCAACAACAAACUCUACGUCUACCCUUCGCACGACCGCGAAUCCAACAUCCCCAACAACGACAAUGGCGACCAAUACGACAUGAACGACUACCACGUCCUCAGCAUGGACUCCGUCGGCGGGCCCGUAACCGACCACGGCGUCGCCCUCCGCCAGGAAGACAUUCCCUGGGUCAGCAAGCAACUCUGGGCCCCGGACGCCGCCACCAAGAAUGGAAAAUACUACCUCUUCUUCCCGGCCCGCGACAAGGAAGGCAUUUUCCGCGUGGGCGUUGCGGAGGGAGAUACCCCCGAAGGCCCCUUUAAACCCGAGCCCGAACCCAUCAAGGGAAGCUUCAGCAUCGAUCCCGCCGUCUUCGUCGACGACGACGGCGCCGCGUACCUGUAUUUCGGCGGUAUCUGGGGCGGACAGCUGCAGUGCUGGCAGACGGGCAAGUUCGAGCGGAGUGCGUACGAGACCAUGGAGGCGCAGUCUGGUCCUGCCCUAUGCGCCAAAGUAGGCAAGUUGACGGAGGACAUGAAGAGUUUCGCCGAGGAUGUGACUGAUGUUGUUAUUCUGGAUGAGGAGGGCAAGCAGCUUCAAUCGCAGGACCAUGAUAGGCGGUUUUUCGAGGCGGCGUGGUUGCACAAGUACAAUGGCAAGUAUUACUUUUCGUACUCGACGGGGGAUACCCACUAUCUUUGCUAUGCGAUUGGAGAUAGCCCCUUGGGUCCGUUUACGUACGGUGGAAGGAUUCUCGAGCCCGUGAUUGGGUGGACGACACAUCAUAGUAUUGCCGAGUUCAAGGGCAAGUGGUAUUUGUUCUACCACGACUCGAGUCUCAGCAAGGGGGUCAACCACCUGCGGUGCGUCAAGAUUCGCGAGAUUGUGUAUGAUGAGGCGGGCAAGAUUAAGUUGGCGGAGAGCCAGCCAAAGGUUGAGGGUAGCUAGAUAUUCUUACUCUUUCCAAAUGAAAAUUUCUUUGCAG